CCGUGCGCGCCUCUCCGGCGGGCGGGCGUGGGGGGGGGGGGGGCGGGGGUGGAGCCGCGGCGGCCAGAUCCGGAGCCACCGCGAGCCGGAGCCCAGCCGAGCCCGACGGGACCCGCUCCCACUAGCCCAGGGGGUUCCUGAUUGCGGCUGCUGGACCGGGAGAGAAGUGCCGAUGUGGAUUUUGCUCGUCCUCGUGGUCCUGCCCUCUCUGGGCACCGGGAUGCCCCUCCGCGCACUUCGACUCCCAGCUGCCUCCAAGAAUGACUCCGUCACGGAGCCCUGGAGCUCUGGCACCUCCCCUGCCCCCCCAGUGACUCCCACGACUCUGCCCCCCCGCAGUGAAGCCCCCGCCUUGUCCCUCAACCUGGGCCUCAAUUUUAAGAUCAAGGUGCGGAGCCAGGGAAAAAGCCCGCAGGCGAGCGAAGGGCCGAGGGGAGCCACCGCAGUCCCCGGGCUGCCCCCUGCCGGCUCCCAGGCCCCCGGCAGUCGCCUCUGGGCGGAGGCCCUGGGGGGGUCUGGCUGGUUGGGCCCUGGCCCAGCAGAGGAGCUCCCUUCCAGCCCCGAAGGGUGGCCCUGGGAGGGCUCACCUGUGCCUGCUGAACUCGGCCUCCCAGGCUCCAGCCCCACACCCCAGCCCGCCCUGGCGCUCUGGCCGAGGCUCACCAAGAAGGGGCUGGUGGUGCCCAUCGCGGGGGAGGACAGCCGAGAGCUGGAGUUCAAGAUUGACAUCGACCUGACAGCUGGCGUGGGCAAGGAGGGCAGCCAGGCCCCAAACGGGAGCGGCCCCAGCAGGCCCCUCCCGCUGCUCCCGGACAUCAGGGUUGGAUUCGCGGAGGUCGCCCGCAAAUGGUGGGAGUCUCCCGGGCUCUUUGGAUCCAAGCUGCCCGCAGUGACGGGGGAGCCGCCGGAGAGGAAUGCCACCGGGGAUGCCCCCUUGACCCCAGAGGGGGCCAUGGAGCCAGGCGCGGAGUCGCGGAGCUCGCCGGCUGCCUCGCCGGGCAGCGGGGGCGCCUUCGUGGCCCUGCCCGGCUGCCCGCCCGACGGCGCGGAGGAGUGCGGCGCGGAGGGGCCGUCGUGGGGGCUGCUGGCGCCGGGGCUGGCGCUGUGCGGGGCGCUGCCGGGGCCGGCGGAGUGGCGGGGCGCGCUGGCGGCGGGGGGGCCGGCCUGGCAGGCCCCCCUCUACGGGACCGGCGCCCUCUUCGCCCUGCUGGCCGCGCUGGCGCUCCUGGGCCUGGCCGCCGCGCCCUGCCGCCGCCCCCCCCCGCCCCCCUGCCUGGUGGCGCCGCUGCAGCUGCUUCUGGCCGGGGCGGGAGGGGCGCGGGCCGCGCUGCUGCUGGGCCAGGCGGCGGGCUGGGCCGCCCUCCUCCCCGCGCCGGCCGCCCGCCUGCUGCACGAGCUGCCGCUGCCCUGCCUGGCCUGGGCGCUGGGUCUGGGCGCCCUCCUGCUGCGGCGGCCCCCGGCCAAGCGGCCCCCGACGCCGCCCCUGCCGCGCCCGCCCGCCGCCGCCUGCCUGUUGGCCCUGCCGCUGCUGCUGCUCCACUUCGCCCUGGCCGCCGCCGCCGCCACCCUGGCCGCCGCCCCCCCGCGCCCGGCCCCCGCCCCCGCCCCCGCCCUGCUGCUGGCCGCCCGCGGGCUCUUCGCGCUGCUGGCCGCCCUCCUCUCGGCCGCGCUGCUGGCCCUCAGCUGCCCGCGCCUGCCGCGCCGCCCCACCGCCCUGCCCGACGGCGACGCCAGCCCCCGCCGCGGGAGCCGCACCGCCCUGCUCCCGCCGCCCCUGCUGGGCCUCCUGCAGCUGGCCGCCCUGCUCUGCGAGGCCGGCGUGGGGCUGCCGCUCGCCCUGCUGGCCCUCCGGCCCCUCUGCUGCUGCCGCUGCUGCUGCUGCGCCUCCCCGGGCCGCGGCGCGACCGCCAAGCCCCCCACCCCUCCCGGCGGCCUCCCGCGGGGCCUGGCGCAGUGCGAGAAGCUGCUCCCCGACGGCCUGGCCCUGGACCCGCUGCCGGCCGUGCUCAGCAUCAGCCUGGACGCCGCCUCCGACCCCACGGCCGACUUCCGCCCGCCCUCGCCCAUCGACCUGCGGCGCAGCAUCGACGAGGCGCUGUGCAGCGAGGGGCUCCUGCCCGGGGGCAGCGGCGGGGGCGGCCUGCCCGGACCCCUCUCUGCCUGCGGCGCUCUGGCGCGGCCCUCCGACGGCCCCCUCUUCCGCACCGCCUCCUGCCUGGCGCUGGGGGCGGCCGAGCCGCACGAGGCCCUCCGUCCCGAGUCGCCGGGCCCGUGGCGGGGCGGCAGCAGCAGCAGCGACGGCGCCGGCUCUCCCGGCCAGCGCUCCACAGACGCCUCCUCGCUGGCGCUCUCCGCGAGCCCCGCCGGCAGCGCCUGCCCGCUCCCGGAGGCCCUCGACGGCAGCCCCCCGCCGCACUCGCCGCCGCCACCUGGCCGCCAGUGCUGGGCGCGCGCCCCCGCCUCACAGGAGUCGCUGCUGGCCUCGGCGGGGGCGCGCGGGGCCUCGGCCGCCCAGCUGCAGGCCGAGUUCCUCGACGUGUGCCGCCAGAUCGGCACGUGCUUCCGCCCGGCCAGCGACAAUCGUAGACUUGCCCAGCGGCGGGAGAGGGGCUAGCUGCUUUCGCCCCGCAAAGCGCAGCGGAGUCUGUGGUGAAGGGGGGGGGGGGUGUCUUGCCCUGUUUGUCGUGCCCCCGCCCCAAAGGCAGAGCCACUGCCGUGAACCCAGGACCCUCGCCUUCCGCAGCCCUCG